AUGGCUAAGAACUUGAAGACGGCGGUCUUCUCGAAAUAUACUGUCCAACCUACCGGUAUCUAUGCAGCUAUCAACAGGCUCUUCGCGCUCGACCCCAAGCGUUCCACGGGUGUCCCACUGAACCCGCAGUUCCGUAACCCACCUCCCGGCGCAAACGAUCCCAUGGCCUACGACGAUCCCGUUACUGUUCCUGCUGCCGACAUCGCUGAGAACCCGUACUGGAAGCGCGAUGUGCGAAGACGCUACCCUAAGCUCUCGACUGUCACCCAGGCCGACGCGGUUGCAUUGCUCGAGGUUGGAAGCGCAGCAGCGCCUAAGCAGGAAUUGAUUGGUGAGGCGGGCUCCAAGUCUCUGAUUGCUGCCCAAGAGCAGGGUGCGAAAGGACUUGCUGUUGCGUUUGAGAAGAACACUGGACUUGCAAAGGAUGUGCUGGGACCCGGUGGAAUGCCUCCGCUUCCUAGCGGCCUGCACAGCACCGGUGUUUCGGGACACAAGCGAUAUGAUUUGGAGCAGGACCAGUCAUACGGUGAUGGGUACCCGUGCCGGACAUUUGCUUAG